AUGUCGAAAAUUCCGGCGAAGUGCGAGGUGUUGGUCAUCGGCGGCGGUCCGGGUGGAGCAUACACUGCAACCUGUCUAGCUCGAGAGGGAAUCGACACUGUUUUACUUGAGGCAGACAUUUUCCCCAGCCACGAGUUUCAUUCAAGUCACGGAUUUUUUGGCUGCGGGGGGCCCGAAGGCUAUACAUGGAAUAUUGUGCGGUCAGAGGCUGACCACAUGAUCUUCAAGCAUGCCGAACAGCAUGGCGUGAAGACAUUUGACGGUGUUCGAGUUGGUGAUCUCGAGUUUCAGCCAUGGGACAAGAGCGACCCGGCGGAAAUCAAACUGGCAGAGUUCUCCCAUCCAAAUCCAGGUCGACCAGUUUCUGCCUAUUGGUCACGUAAAGAUGGAACGAGCGGCAUGAUAUCUUUCGAAUACCUAGUUGAUGCCAGUGGUCGUGUUGGGCUAGUGAGUACCAAGUACUACAAGAAUCGUCGGUACAAUCAAGGUCUUAAAAACAUUGCUAGCUGGGGCUACUGGAAAAAUAUGGAACUCUAUGACCAGGGUGGACCUCACGAGGACCAGCCAUUCUUCGAAGCUUUAUCUGAUGCUAGUGGCUGGGUGUGGACUAUUCCUUUACAUGGAGAUAUUGUUUCAGUUGGCGUUGUACGCAACCAGGCAAUUUCCAUGGAAGAGAAGAAGAAAAUGGGCUCGCCAUCUACUCAUGAUUUUUAUCUAGAGAACUUGAAGCUUGUUCCAGGAAUCUUAAGUCUUAUGAAAAGUGCUGAACUCGUUUCAGAGAUCAAGUCUGCCUCCGAUUGGUCCUACAGUGCCUCAAGCUAUGCCAGCCCACAUAUUCGCGUGGUCGGUGAUGCAGGUUGCUUUAUUGACCCAUUUUUUUCCUCUGGUGUCCACCUAGCAUUUGCUAGCGGUUUAUCAGCUGCUGCGACAAUAUGUGCUUCUAGGCGCGGUGAUUGCGAUGAAAAAAGUGCUGCUGACUGGCACACAAAGAAAGUCGCAGAAGGGUACACUCGCUUCCUUCUUGUUGUUCUUACUGCUCUCAAACAGAUUAAAGACCAGGAUGAGUCGGUCUUAACCGACUGGGACGAAGAAACCUUUGAUCGUGCUUUCUCCUUCUUCCGACCAAUCAUCCAAGGGACGAGUGAUGUCCAGGCCCAACUCACAGAAUCGGAAAUAUCUGAAACAAUCAACUUCUGCUUCAAAGCCUUCAUUCCUGUGUCAAAAGAGCAAAAGGAGGAAGUACUCCGUAAAAUGGAGAACUUUGAGAACAUCAACCGGAAUGAUGAAAGCUUUCAUCCAAGAACAAGAGCCGAUUUUGAGGCAUCAAUGUCUCCCGACGAGGCUCGAAUCAUGAACACCAUCCGUGCGCGCGAGAUGUUGCGAUCUGAGGAUACUAUCAAUAUUGAUACAUUCAGUGUCGAAACCAUUAAUGGAUUAACCGUUUAUCUUCAGCGGGGCCAGCUAAGUCUUGUAAAGCCCUCUGGUCGAAAAGUCAAAAAAAUUGAUGCCCUGGGUCUGUUUCAUGGUGAGCAACCAAUGGGCAGCACCACGAGCUAG